AUGAUCAGAAACCCAGAUUCCUGUCCGUGCCCUCUGCGGGAAUAUGGACCAUCCAUGGCAUCAGUUUGCGGAAGUCAAUUUAUGCUAUUCAUGAGUAUUUUGGAGUCGUAUGUAAACGGUCGAUGUGAUCUUGUUGAUCCUUGUAAUCGUGUGCGCAGUAAAACCAAUCCAGAUGACAGUUAUGACUUUGUGGUAAUAGGUGGCGGUACAGCUGGGUCUGUUGUAGCUGCACGCCUCUCAGAAAACACGCAAUGGAAGGUUCUUUUAAUCGAAGCAGGGGGUGAUGAACCAACUGCAUCGUCAUUGCCUGCUUGGUUUGCUGCCUAUUGGGGACGCACAGAAACAGACUGGAACUAUUACACAGAAAAACAAACUAAGGCUUGUCUUUCACAAAAUGGGAAGUGCUACUGGCCCAGAGGAAAAAUGUUAGGUGGCACAUCAGUGAUAAAUGGCAUGAUGUAUAUGAGAGGCCAUCAAGCAGAUUAUGACGGCUGGGCAGCGAAUGGUGCGACUGGAUGGUCGUGGGAAGAAGUCUUCCCAUACUAUCUUAAGAGUGAAGACAACAAGGAGAUUGGAAGUGUUGCUUCCGCCAACUAUCAUGGAUUUGGUGGACCAUUGCCGAUUCAAAGGUUUCGUUACACGCCACAAUUCGCAAAGGAUAUUGUGGAAGCAGCAAGUGAACUAGGAUAUCCGCCUACAAGCGAUUUGAAUGGGGGAACUGUAACUGGUUUUACCAUCGCACAAGGUUUUAAUAAUCAAGGAUCACGAUAUAGUACAUCACGCGCCUAUAUACGUCCGGCUUCCAAAAGGUCGAAUUUACAUGUAAUGCUUAAUAGUUUAGUGUCAAGGGUCAUUGUGGACAAAAACAGAGUGACUGCAGUAGAGUAUAUAGUUAAUGGGGUAACGAAAUCUGUUCGAGUUAAUAAAGAGGCAAUAAUAUCUGGUGGCACAUUGAACUCUCCCAAAAUCCUUCUACUAUCUGGAAUUGGACCAGCAGACACCCUGAAGAAGUUCAAUAUUCCCGUAUUAAAGGAUUUACCUGGAGUAGGCCAAAAUCUGCAAAACCAUGUCGGUACCUCUUAUGACUUCACAUUAACUAAAGAGGCUGAUACUCCUGAGCUCACCUGGGCUUCUGCUAUGGAAUAUAUUAAAGAGAGGAAAGGACCUCUAUCAGCAACUGGUCUUUCACAGGCUGUCGGUAUAAUAAACUCCCCUCUUGUGAGAAAUACACUUCAACCCGAUAUACAAUAUUUCUUCUAUGGAUAUACGGCUGCUUGUGGAUUUGGAGGUAACAAUGGGAAAAUUAAAGCGAGAAGACAUUUUAAAAUAUCUCCAAUUGCUCUUCAGCCCCAAAGCAGUGGUUACUUGACUUUAAAAUCUGCAAAUCCAUCCGAUCCUCCAAUCAUGCAGCCAAACUAUUUCUCUGAUGUUCACGAGCUCAAUGUUUUAGUGGAAGCUUCAAAAAUUGCAUAUCGACUGGCUAAUACAACGCGUCUACGUAGAAAGUAUGGUAUUGUACCAACUAAGGGUUAUGCAUCCGAAUGCGGUGAUAGUCAGAAGCCAACAGAAGAGUUCUUCAAAUGCGUAGCACAGCGGUAUACCGAGCCAGAAAACCAUCAAAUUGGCACCUGUAAGAUGGGAGCUAGUGAGGAUUCUACUGCGGUGGUUGAUCCACAGCUAAAAGUCUACGGAAUCAAAGGUUUACGUGUGAUAGAUGCGUCUGUUAUGCCUAGUCUACCAACUAGCAAUACUCAGGCACCAGUUAUAAUGAUAGCAGAAAGAGGCGCCGAAUUCAUUAGAAAUACGUAUUCAUAA